AUGAUAGGAUAAGUUGUUAAUAAAGGUACUUCUAGCGUCUCUUCCUUAUUUUAAUAGAUUAGAAGAGGUUUUAAAGGAUUUGACAAAAAUCGUUGGGCUACUUCUGCUGAAGUAUUCCCUGAAAAGCCAUUUAAAUAUGGUUAUGAUAAAUAACAAAAGAUAAAAACUAAGCAAGAUAGAUAAUGGUAUGAAGCUCCUGUUGGUGCUAUGACAAAAAAAAGAUUUUAGACUGCAGAUUUCAGAGCAUAUCAAACUGAAUUAGAAGAAGCAGCCUAAAAAACCUUAGAAGGUUAAAAAAUUGAUGUUGAAGAAGAAGUAGUUAAAGUUGAAAAGGAUGAAAUUUUUGGAGAACAAGGAGCUCCUAAGAGAUACUAUGAUCGUAUUUUGUAGAAGGAACUCUAUUUUCAUCAUAGAAAUGGAAAACACUUUUUUGAAUAAGCUGACAGAAAAAUAAGUUUUUUAAAUUAGUUUACUCCUUAAAUUGAAAAGGUACCAGAACUCGCUGAAACAUUGAAGACUAUUUUAAAAAUUGCAACUGAAUCAGAAGGUUCUCCUCUUAAAAGAGCUGGUAUUGACUAAGAGUUUAUUAUUGAAGAUGACUUCUACUCUGAAAAUGAAGAAUGCAAAAAAUUAUUUGAAGAAAUCAAGCAAAAAGUUUCAAACAUGAAUUAUAGACUUUUACCUGACUUAUGCUUAGUCCUUUCUUUUAAACUUAGAUACAAUAAAGAUGUUUUUGGAAUUUGGGAGAAAAUUGAAUAAAAUUUUAUGUAAUCUAUUCAUCACUAUCCUGUCAUGGAACUUGUUAAAAUGAGAUAUGCCUCUUGUGCUUUGUCCCCUAAAUCACUUUCUCGUGACUGUUUAAAGGCUAUCCAUGAUAUUGUUUUUACUGAGCUCCAUAAUGUUCCUUCUGUAUUAGAUUUGUCUCACCUUCUUUUCGCAUUUAGACAUAUUAACUCUCUUAAAUAUUAUAAUUUAAUACUCGAUGAAAUCUGUAGAAGACCUAUUAAAACCCUUUAAGAAGCUAUAGCUCUUUUGUUUGUAUUUUCUCACUCCCUUUUCCCAAAUUACAAGAGAAAGGAGAUUAGAGAAAAAGAUUAAGAUUUAAAAGAAAAGCAUAAAAUUGUUGAUCACCUUGCUGAUGCUUUAGCUAAUAAUGCUAAAUAAAUUUAGGGUGAUGAUUUUGUAAGAGUUUUAAUUGGUUUGAAUAACUUAUAACUCACUACCUUCAAGGAUGUUUUAACUCAUAUUGAAAGAUAUAUUAUUAAGAAUAUUGAUACUCUUGAUGCUUUCUAGACUUCAAAUGCUUUAUACGGUUUCUCUAAAGCAAACAAUAAUGCUGGUUUUGGAUCUGAAUAGCUCUAUAAAGCACUUUAAAAGGCUGCUGAAAAGCAUUGGUCAUAAUUCUCAAAUGCUGAUAAAGCCAGAACCUUUUACGCUUUUGCCUUUUAAGAUUUGGUAGAUCCUGUUUUCAGAAAGAAAUUUAUUUAACCAUGGCUCAAUGAAAAUUUAGAAUCCAACCUAUCACAUUCAGAAUUACAUUAUGUCGCUUUCUCAUUAAUGUUUGAACAAAAUAAAGAUGCUGAAAUAUGGAAGAAAUUUGUGAAAAAUAUUUGUAAGAAUUAAUAUGUUGUGCCUGUUUUAAACUACUAUCCUAUAAAGCUUGCUAGAUACUACAUGCAAUCAAUUUUCCCCAAGUGGAAUUUCGAUAUUUACAAGCUUGCCUGCUAAGAUGCUGAAGCUACCUGGGAUGCUAGUAGAUAAAUAGAUUCUAUUAUGGAAAACAAUAAAGAAUGGAAAUCAAUUGGUGUUUUGCUUUAAAACAGAUUAGAGUUCAACUCUAUUGGUCUUGACAACUUUGAAAAUCUUUUGCUUAUUGAUUGGGCAAUUAUGCCUCAAAGAGUUGCUAUUAUGAUAUAGGGUGCUCGUCAAACUCUUCCAAACGGAAAACCUACACCACUCCAUCGCUUAAAACUUUAAUUGCUCGAAAAUCACAAGUUUGCAGUAUUUAACCUCAUUUACAAGGAUUUCGAAGCCAUUAGUCCUGAUUAAAAGAUCCCAUAUUUGAAGAAGACCAUUGAAGAACUUAUUGCUAAGCAAGAUACCUAUAUUAAAGACGUUGAAGAACCUCAACAAUGGUUAAGCUUUAUGGAUAGAAUGUAAGAAUUAACCUAUAGAAAUAUCAUGAUUGGUGAAGCAACUAAGGGUGGUGUUAUUGAUCCUGAAAUUUAAGAAGUCCAAUUUGAUUGGUCGAAACUUUAGAAAGAAUUAAAAGAAAGAUAAAAAUAAGAGUGA